UCUUGCUCCCGACCGUUUCUCCUCCCAUCACCCCACGAACGGAUUCCGCCCUUUAGCUCCCCGUUUAUCUCCUUAAUCUUCCCCAAUUCGUAACUGAGGCAAAAAAAUGCCCUAUUGUGUCCUCCGCCCGUGAUGGCGACGGUGCUGAGGAGACCAGUAACGGCGCUGAGUCAGAGCGGCCUCGCGCUAAGCUCGAGGCCGGGCGGCCGUCAAAUUCGUCGCGCCCUGUGCUCCGGCGCACGGCAGGACGGGGAGUCCGAGACGGCGCUGCUCGACGUGGUGUGCUUCGGCGCGGGGAGCCUGGAUGAGGUGGGAAGCAGGCUGGACCGCCUUAAGUUAGCAGUCUCGCCGGCCCUGAUCAGGCGGGUAGUCGACUCCUGUAGCGAGAGUAGUGAUUCGGGCAGGAGGCUGCUGCGGUUCUUAGCGUGGUGCCGGUCGAAGGACCUUCAGGGAUUGGGGGAUGAGGAGCAUGACAGGGCGAUUGCGGUGCUUGCCCGGACGGGCGACCUCACCGCGAUGAGAAUCGCUGUUGGAGACAGCGAGAAGGAUGGACGGAGGAUGGCACCGGAGACGUUCACUGCUGUGGUCGAGGCUCUUGUCAAGGCAGGGAAGGAGGACGAGGCUGUUCGGCUGUUUAGAGGAUUGGAGAGGCAGAAAUUGCUGCCUCAGCAAGGUGUUGGUGCUGGAGGGGAAGGCAUAUGGUUGAGCAGCCUUGCCAUGGUCCAGGCAUUAUGCAUGAAGGGCUAUGCUCGUGAGGCGCAGGGUGUUGUGUGGCACCACAAGAGCGAGCUCUCAGCUGAGCCCAUGGUUAGCAUUGUUCAGCGUACCCUUCUUCACGGGUGGUGCGUCCAUGGAAAUGCUAAGGAAGCUCGGAGAGUCCUUGAUGACAUCAAGUCCUCAGGCUGCCCAGUGGGGUUGCCGUCGUUCAACGAUUUUCUAAACUGUGUCUGUCAUAGAAACCUCAAGUUUAAUGCUUCUGCACUUGUUCCUGAAGCUAUGGAUAUCUUAACAGAGAUGAGGUCCUAUGGUGUCACCCCUGCUGCAUCCAGCUUCAACAUCUUACUUUCCUGUUUGGGACGAGCAAGAAGAGUGAAAGAAGCAUACAGAAUCCUCUAUUUGAUGAAGGAAGGAAAAGAAAAAUGCUCACCCGACUGGGUUAGCUACUAUCUUGUGGUUAAGGUCCUCUAUUUAACAGGGAGAAUUGUUAGAGGGAAAAGGCUUGUAUAUGGUAUGCUUGAAAGCGGGGUUAUUCCAACGGUAAAGUUUUUCCAUGGUCUCAUAGGCAUCCUUUGUGGAACUGAGGAAGUUGAUCAUGCUAUUGACAUGUUCAAAAUUAUGAAGAGCUGUGAGUUAGUGGACACUCGUACCUAUGAUCUGCUUAUAGAAAAGCUUUGUAGGAACGGUAGAUUCAAGCUUGGAAAGGAGUUAUGGGAUGAUGCUACUAUGAGUGGCCUUCUGUUAGGAUGUUCAGAGGAUCUGUUAGAUCCCUCGAAGACGGAGGUAUUCAAACCCGUUUGUCCUGCACAGAGGCGGACUUCUCAGAACUAUAACAGCUGUUCUCUCCUUAUGUCAAAAUUCUCUAUUAUGAAGCAUGAUGUUAUGAUUAUUUUCUGUUUUAAUUGCACAUUGAACUUUAUGGAAUCAUCUCAGGAGCAACAAGAUUUUGGUGUGCUACUGAAGCAGGGAGCUGAAGGAAGGGUAUUUGUUUCAACAUUUGUGGGACGAAAAUGUGUAACCAAAGAACGCUUUUCAAAGAAGUACCGGCACCCAUUGUUGGACUCAAAAUUGACUCUUAAGCGCUUAAAUGCUGAAGCUCGAUGCAUGACAAAAGCAAGACGGCUAGGUGUUCCUACACCAGUUCUGUAUGCUGUGGAUCCUCUUCUACAUACAUUAACCUUUGAGUAUGUGGAUGGUUUGUGCGUGAAAGAUGUACUUCUUGGAUUUGGGUCGAAUGGGAUUAAUGAGGAGCGCCUCAAUGAUAUUGCCACACAGAUAGGGAAUGCAAUUGGCAAACUGCAUGAUGGUGGUCUUGUUCAUGGCGAUUUGACGACUUCAAAUAUGAUGAUCAAGAAUGGCACCAAUCAACUGGUUCUGAUUGAUUUUGGUCUGAGCUUUACAUCAACUAUUCCCGAGGACAAAGCAGUGGACCUAUAUGUUCUUGAGAGAGCUUUGAUUUCCAUGCAUUCUUCAUGUGGUGACGUGAUGGAGAAGAUUCUCUCAGCUUACCGAAAGGCUUCAAAGCAAUGGUGCUCCACUACGAACAAGCUAGCUCAAGUUCGGCAGCGGGGCAGAAAACGAGCAAUGAUUGGAUAAAACUUGACCUGGAGCUGUUGAAUCCAAUGAAGGUUAUCUCAGAUGAACCACGCUGCAAUUGUGUUAGUUUACUUGUAGCGUUUGUCUGGAAUUGGCUCUUGUAAAAUUUAAAUUUAAAUGGACGUCAAGUGAAUCGGCUGUAACAGUUUUUGUUUGUACUUCCGUUAGGAAUUCUCCAAUCUGUCUCAACUCCUCUUCUGAUUAAGAAUUGGGGGGUGAUUCGUUGUGCAUCAAAGAGAACAUAUUCGUUUCCUUUACGGCGGUGUAACAUGCGAAUUUGAAAGUUGGUGAAAA